AUGAUACUUCCAAAAUUUCUCACUCUAGCGCUACUAGCCUUGCAGCUUAUGGCCUCCCAAGUGGAAGGCUUUCAAUUGGUCAUGAUGGGACGAAAAGCAGGCAAGGGAAAUCUCAAGCAACAACUCAGUGGGGAAGGUGUUUCCAAGAAAAAGGGAAAUUCAAUCAAUGCCGUGAACCAAGGCCGAGGACAAGAAAUCACUGGUGUCACUUUGCCAGCCGAAGGUGGUCUCAAAGGUUGGGAGUUUGGUGAAGGCAAGCAGAUGGCUUGCGCAAAUGUUGACGGAAACUUCUACGCGGUCCAAGGAGACUGUCCACGAUGUGGAUUUGAUUUGUGGAGGGGUGAGGUGAUUGCGAAUGAUCCAGGAUGGGAGGAGCUUCCACGAGUCGCUUGUCCAACAUGUGCCACUACUUAUAGUUUGUCCAGUGGCAAGCGAGGACCUCCCAUCAAGAGAACUGGAUUGGCUGGCUUUGUUGGAAAACUUGCUAAAACCGCAACCGCAACCGAGCAGACUAGGGAUGCUGAAGCAUUCCAAAUAUCACUUGAUGAAGAAGGACGAGUAUACUGUCGUUCCAAGUCGAAGUCACAGUAA